AUGGCCGACUCCAAUGCUCCCGCAGUGAACGUGAAGCUCGAGAAUGCCAUCCGCGCUGUCAGCGAGAAGAAGCCGAUACCAGAGAUCGAUUUCACCCUGCAUACCAUGGAGGAUGGAACCCAGGUGUCGACCCUGGAGCGAGUGUGCAAAGAUGUGCAAGCUCCUGCUUUCCACAAACCUCGCGAUGACCAAUUCUACGACCCUAACGACCCAACCAAGCCCAACCUCGCAUUCCUCAAGCAGCAUUUCUAUCGUGAAGGGCGUCUGACUGAAGAGCAAGCUCUCUUCAUCUUGUCACGAUGCACUGAGGUCCUUAAGACCGAGCCCAAUCUCCUCGAGAUGGAUGCUCCCAUCACCGUGUGCGGUGAUGUCCAUGGGCAGUAUUACGAUCUGAUGAAAUUGUUUGAGGUUGGUGGCAACCCGGAGGAGACCAGGUAUCUGUUCUUGGGGGACUAUGUGGAUCGAGGGUAUUUCAGUAUUGAGUGUGUUUUGUACCUAUGGUCUUUGAAAAUCCACUAUCCGAACACGCUUUGGCUUCUGAGAGGAAACCACGAGUGCAGACAUUUGACCGACUACUUUACGUUCAAGUUGGAAUGCAAGCACAAAUAUUCCGAACGUGUGUAUGAAGCUUGUAUGGACAGUUUCUGCGCUUUGCCCUUAGCUGCCGUCAUGAACAAGCAGUUCUUGUGUAUCCACGGUGGACUGAGUCCCGAGCUGCAGACACUUGACGACCUCCGAAGUAUUGAUCGCUUCCGCGAACCUCCUACCCACGGUUUAAUGUGCGAUAUCCUUUGGGCGGAUCCACUUGAGGAAUUCGGACAAGAAAAGACCUCGGAUUUCUUCAUCCACAACAACGUCCGCGGUUGUUCGUACUUUUUCUCAUACCCUGCGGCAUGCUCUUUCCUCGAGAAGAACAACCUACUUUCUGUCAUUCGUGCCCAUGAAGCGCAGGAUGCAGGUUACAGAAUGUACAGGAAGACCAAGACGACUGGUUUCCCCAGUGUCAUGACUAUCUUUUCCGCACCCAAUUACUUGGAUGUGUAUAACAACAAGGCAGCCGUGUUAAAAUACGAGAACAACGUCAUGAACAUUAGGCAGUUUAACUGCACACCGCAUCCUUACUGGCUACCAAACUUUAUGGAUGUGUUUACCUGGUCACUUCCGUUCGUCGGCGAGAAGAUCACUGAUAUGCUUAUCGCCAUCCUUAACACUUGCUCCAAGGAAGAGCUCGAAGACGAUUCACUUUCGCCAACUGGAACAGAUCCCAUGUCGCCACCUCUUGAAGUCGAUCUGGAUCCCAACAGCCCAGACGCCAAGCGCCGUGCCAUCAAGAACAAGAUUCUCGCCAUCGGCCGUCUGUCGCGUGUAUUCCAGGUCUUGCGAGAAGAGUCGGAGCGUGUUACUGAGCUCAAGACCGCAACGGGUGGCAGGCUACCCGCUGGAAUGCUUAUGCUCGGUGCUGAAGGUAUCAAGGAGGCCAUUACGUCUUUCGAGGAGGCAAGGAAGGUCGAUCUGCAAAACGAGAGAUUGCCACCGAGUCACGAGGAAGUCGAGAAGAGAGGAAAAGAGGCUAAGGAAGAGGCCAUGAGGACUGCAGUCAGAGAGGCCGACAACGAUAAAGAGUUGAACAGAGUUGCCAGGAGAAUCAGCAUGUAA